AUGGAAGUUCGCGUAUGUUUCCUCGCUGCACUUUUUAUCUUCAGCACCUUCACGGUCAGCACGCGCUCAGCUAGCUGCUGUCUGAAGUACUUCAAGCGCGAGUUGCCAUGCCAACUAAUUUCCGGCUACACCUACCAAUCAAUGGGCAGGUUCUGCGACAUAAAUGCAGUCAUCCUGCACCUCCCCAGAAGAUUCUUGUGUGCCGACCCAACCUCAAAUUGGACACAGAGAGUUAUGCGUUGUGUCGAUGAGCGCAGGAAGAAGAAGAAUUUCGAGAAAUCUACCAACAUCACAAGAGCAACAGCUGCAUAA